AUGUUCACCGGCGGUGCGGACGGCAACGGCCACCUGCGGAGGCCGCGCAGGCCGCGGCGCAGCGGAGUAGGCCACGCCGGCGUCAUGGGGUCUCCACAGGGACAGGUGGCUUCGGGGGCAAAUCCGCAUCCAGCCGCCCCGCCGUGCACCGACUACGACGUAGCCUACUUCAAGGCCUACUCACACAUUGGCGUCCACGAGGAGAUGCUCAAGGAUCAUGUGAGAACUAGUACUUACAGAAAUGCCAUAAUGCAUCACAAAGAUCUUAUUUCAGGCAAGGUAGUUUUGGAUGUGGGUUGUGGCACUGGUGUUCUUUCGAUAUUUUGUGCUUUCGCUGGUGCCACUCGUGUUUAUGCAGUUGAUGCAAGUGAUAUUGCAUUGCAGGCUAUGGAGAUUGUAAGAGAGAAUGAGCUGUCUGACAAAGUUGUGGUUUUGCAUGGCCGAAUUGAGGAUGUCAAUAUCGAAGAAAAAGUUGAUGUCAUCAUAUCUGAAUGGAUGGGCUACAUGCUUCUGUAUGAGAGUAUGCUGGGAAGCAUAAUUUUUGCUAGGGAUAAAUGGCUUAAGCCAGGAGGUCUUAUUCUUCCAUCGCAUGCAUCGCUUUACAUGGCAUCUGUCACAAAUUCUCAGAGAUACCAUGAUAGUAUUUACUUCUGGCGAGAUGUAUAUGGCAUAAAAAUGUCCUCUAUGACGCCUCUUGCAAAACAAUGUGCGUUUAUGGAGCCAUCAGUUGAGACAAUUAGUGGAGAGAAUGUCUUGACAUGGCCAACAGUGGUUGCACAGGUGGAUUGUUAUACCAUACAAGCUCAGGAGCUUGAAACCAUCACUGCUGCAUUUAAAUUUACGUCAAUGUUGCAAGCUCCAUUGCAUGGUUUUGCAUUUUGGUUCGAUGUUGAGUUCAAUGGACCAGUACGCCAGAAAUCCAAGAAGCAACCUAGUCAAUCAUCGGAUGGGAACGCCCAAAAUGCCAGCCCAAGCAGUAAGAAGAAAAAACCAGAUGUCUCUAUUGUUCUUUCAACUGCACCAGAGGAUGCCCCUACUCACUGGCAGCAGACCCUACUGUACUUGUUUGAACCUAUUGAACUAAACAAAGAUCAGAUCAUAGAAGGUUCUGUUACCGUCUCCCAGAGCCAGCAACAUGCUCGCUUCCUUAACAUCUGCCUGAAAUACUUUACUGGCGACCAAUGGUAUGUCAAAGAAUCUGUGAUGCGAUAA